UUUGAGAACCGGGCAGGCAGCAGGGAUAUUCAGGCAGCAGCUGUGAGCAGGUGGCUCAUCCCCAGCUUGCCAGCAGGCUCCGUGCUCCUUGAAGCAAGCCCUCCAGAGGCUCUGGAAGCCACGGCUGGAUUGGAGAGAAGAUGGGAUGCUCAGAGGACCACGCCUAUCGCCUCCUUAAUGACUACGCCAACGGCUUCAUGGUGUCCCAGGUUCUCUUCACCGCCUGCGAGCUGGGUGUGUUUGACCUUCUGGCCAAGGCUGCAGGGCCCCUGGACGUGGUGGCAGUGGCUGCAGGUGUGGGGGCCAGCUCCCAUGGGACAGACCUCCUGUUGGACAUCUGUGUGUCCCUGAAGCUGCUGAAAGUGGAGACGAGAGGACGAAAAGCUUUCUAUCAAAACACAGAGCUGUCCAGCGCCUACCUGACCACGGUCAGCCCGACGUCACAGUGCAGCAUGCUGAAGUACAUGGGCAGGACCAGCUACCGGUGCUGGGGCCACCUGGCAGAUGCUGUGAGAGAAGGAAAGAACCAGUACCUGGAGACGUUUGGUGUUCCUGCUGAAGAGCUUUUUACGGCAAUCUACAGGUCCGAGGGCGAGCGGCUACAGUUCAUGCAAGCUCUGCAGGAGGUCUGGAGCGUCAACGGGAGAAGCGUGCUGACCGCCUUUGACCUGUCAGUGUUCCCGCUAAUGUGUGACCUCGGUGGGACAUGGAUGAAGCUGGAAUCCAUCAUUCUCAGCAAACUAUCACAAGGACAGAAAACCAAACACUGCAUGUUCUCACUCAUAGGUGGCUCUGGAGCUCUGGCUAAGGAAUGCGUGUCUCUGUACCCUAGAUGUAAGGUCACCAUUUUUGACAUCCCAGAAGUGGUGCAGACGGCAAAGCAGCACUUCUCAUUCCAGGACGAAGAACAGAUUGACUUCCAGGAAGGGGAUUUCUUUAAAGACCCCCUUCCGGAAGCAGAUCUGUACAUCCUGGCCAGGAUCCUUCAUGACUGGGCAGAUGGAAAGUGCUCACACCUGCUGGAAAGCAUCUACCACACUUGCAAGCCAGGUGGUGGCAUUCUGGUCAUUGAAAGCCUCCUGGAUGAAGACAGGCGGGGUCCUCUGCUCACGCAGCUCUACUCUCUGAACAUGCUUGUGCAGACAGAAGGCCAGGAGCGGACCCCCACCCACUACCACACGCUCCUCUCUUCUGCUGGCUUCAGAGACUUCCAGUUUAAGAAAACAGGAGCCAUUUAUGAUGCCAUUUUAGCCAGGAAAUAACUUUUUCUUGUGAUCUGGAACUACUGUCAAAGCACACAAGACAUAAUAAUAAAGAGAUGUAUCUCCA